GGGGCGGCGCCGGGACAGGAAGCGGAAAGCGGCGGCGGCGGCGGCUCUGCCUCCACAGGAGCCCAGCGCAGGCCGCAGAGCCGGGCCGCUGCGAGCCGAGACCGCGGCCGCGGAGCCCGCACGCCGGCGCCGAGAAUUUGUUCCUGUGGACGAGUGGCUCCUUGACUCCCAGGCCCUUUGAGGUGUCAGGAACCCCGCUGGUGAAACUCUCUACCUCGCCGGAGAAACAACACCUGCUCCUUCAUCCAGAGCGAGCUGGCCAUUGCUAUGGAUACCGAGUCCACGUAUUCUGGAUAUUCUUACUAUUCCGGUCAUUCGAAGAAAUCCCACAGGCAGGGGGAGCGAAAUAGAGAGAGGCACAAAUCACCCCGGAGCAAAGAUGGCCGAGGAUCCGAAAAGGCUGUCACCAUCCAGGCGCCCACCGGGGAGCCCCUGCUGGGGAAUGACUCCACGCGGACGGAGGAAGCUCAGGAUGACAACUGGGGGGAGACCACCACGGCCAUCACCGGCACCUCGGAGCACAGCAUCUCGCAGGAGGACAUCGCCAGGAUCAGCAAGGACUUGGAGGACAGCGUGGGGCUGGACUGCAAGCGCCACCUGGGCCUCACCGCGGCCGCGGCGCUCGGACUCCUGGUCUUCCUCACCCCCGUCGCCUUCAUCCUGCUGCCCCCCAUCCUGUGGCGGGACCAGCUGGAGCCUUGCGGCACCAUCUGCGAGGGACUCUUCAUCUCCGUGGCCUUCAAACUCCUCAUCCUGCUCGUCGGGACCUGGGCCCUCUUCUUCCGCAAGCAGAGAGCCGACCUGCCCCGGGUGUUCGUGUUCCGGGCCCUCCUGUUGGUCCUCAUCUUCCUCUUUGUGGUUUCCUAUUGGCUCUUCUACGGGGUCCGCAUUUUGGACUCCCGGGACCGGAAUUACCAGGGCAUCGUGCAAUACGCGGUCUCGCUGGUGGAUGCGCUGCUCUUCAUCCAUUACCUGGCCAUCGUCCUGCUGGAGCUCAGGCAGCUGCAGCCCGUGUUCUCACUGCAGGUGGUCCGCUCCACCGACGGCGAGUCCCGCUUCUACAGCGCGGGGCACCUCAGCAUCCAGCGAGCAGCACUGGUGGUUCUGGAAAACUACUAUAAGGAUUUCACCAUCUAUAACCCCAACCUCCUAACAGCCUCCAAAUUCCGAGCAGCCAAGCACAUGGCGGGGCUGAAAGUCUACAACGUGGAUGGCCCCAGUAACAACGCCACUGGCCAGUCCCGGGCCAUGAUCGCCGCGGCCGCUCGGCGCAGGGACUCGAGCCACAACGAGCUGUAUUACGAGGAGGCGGAGCACGAGCGGCGGGUGAAGAAGCGGAGAGCGAGGCUGGUGGUGGCGGUGGAGGAGGCCUUCAUCCACAUCCAGCGGCUCCAGGCGGAGGAGCAGCAGAAGGCCCCGGGGGAGGUGAUGGACCCCAGGGAGGCCGCCCAGGCCAUCUUCCCGUCCAUGGCCCGGGCCCUGCAGAAGUACCUGCGCACCACGCGGCAGCAGCACUACCACAGCAUGGAGAGCAUCCUGCAGCACCUGGCCUUCUGCAUCGCCCACAGCAUGACCCCGAAGGCCUUCCUAGAGCGUUACCUCCGCGCCGGCCCCACGCUGCAGUACGACAAGGAGCGCUGGCUGUCCACGCAGUGGAGACUGGUCAGUGACGAGGCCGUGACGAACGGGCUGCGGGACGGACUCGUCUUCGUCCUGAAGUGCCUGGACUUCGGCCUGGUGGUCACUGUGAAGAAGAUCCCCUUCAUCGCGCUCUCGGAGGAGUUCGUAGACCCCAAGUCGCACAAGUUUGUCCUCCGCCUGCAAUCGGAGACGUCGGUGUAAAAGUCCUGCGUUUGCGGCUUUAUCCCAGGAAAAGAACCGGGAGGGAGAUCCGCGUGCACGGAGGGCCACCUGGUGUGUGUGACGUUCAUUGCCGAGUCUGGCCGGCGCUGGACCAGCGGCCUGACCUGCACUUUAUUUGGAAGGAAGACGAGGUGUCGCCCUGGAAAUCCGUGCGGGGGACACCGGACUGGCGGAUGGGACUUCUCAAGAGGCCGUCCCCCGGCGUUCCUGUGGCAGCUGUAACCAAAGCCAAGCGGGCGGCUCUGGGAGCCUCGCCUUACAGCUUCGUCCGCGCCGUCUCGGGCGCCACACCCUCCACAGCUCCCAGGGGACGCGUCUUUAUCCUGGUUCCGGAAGCCAGACGUGUGUGUGUGUGUGUGUGUGUGUGUGUGUAAAGGUCCAGUUCCACUCCCCCCGCAGCCAGGGGCUGUUCCGUGUUGCCUUAGGUUCUACCGAGAGAGAUCACAACAGAAAAUGUGCACUAAUGAUUCGAUUGGAUCUUUCUUUUCCCAAAGAGAAAACCAGGCCGCUCUGUUUCUGAUCCUGUUUCCCUAUGGGCCAGAGCAGGUAGCCUUUGCUCAUUCUGUGAUGAGCACCUGUCUUCACCCAUCCGCCCUCGUGCACACGCACACACACACACACACACACACACCACCCACCCCGGCUGGCAGGUCCAGCCCAAGAAGCCCAACCUUCAGAGCUGCCGGGGACCUGGCCCUGCCCGUGUGCCUCAGGCGCUCCCAUGGGUUGUUGGCGUAGGGAAGCGUGGAUUGCCGCCCCCCCACUCCCCCAGGUAGAUCGCCAGGAGGGCAAGCCAGCUGGAAUGUCCCUUAGAACCCCUCCCUGGCUCCCCACCCACCAGGGAGGACUGACACUGUGACGGACUGGCAGCUUCAGCGUGGAGCCUCUAACGUCCAGGGAGUGCCUGCCAGGGGAGACCAGGCUAUGCCACCGCGGUGACAGCUGACAGGUGCUGCCCAGCCCCUGAUUUCUGACCACCGUCACUGUGCAUCCCACUCCAGCCCUCUGCUGCUCACUCCCGGGAAGGGCUGGUCGGCCCCUGGUGUUGACCUGGCUUAUAGAGUUUGGUCGUGAGAGAAGGAAAGGUGCCCUGGCUAGUGUGGCUCAGUUGGUUGAGCAUCGUCCCAUGCACCAAGGGGUCUCUGGUUUCAUUCCUGAUCGAGGGCGGGGGGGGAGGGAAAGGGGGAGGAUGGGCCACAGAGUGUAGGGAAAGGGGAGUGGGGGCCAGUCUUAGGGUCCGUGAUCAGCUUCUUAAAUGCAGCUGGUUUCAGGGGCUUUCCCGGCAGAGGCCUGUGCAGGGGCUCGGGGGGAGCCACACGGGUUCUCCGUGCCUCCCUCUGCCUCCUGUAUCCACAGCACACCUUUACCAAGUGCUCCCUCGUGCUUUCCCGGGCACGUAGGGCCCCGUCCGCUCCCUUCAGUGUGUUCCCACCCCCCGCCCCAGUGUAUGCGUCCACAGGUGGCACAGGAUUCAUGUGUCAUUCUUUAAAUCAGAGUUGGCUUUGGAUAUUUGUACCUGAAAAAGGAAACGGUGUUCUUGAACGAACAGUCUUCAGGUCGAAAGGAAGACGUGCUGGGAAAGAAGGAAGGGAAGGCAGUCGGCCUGGCGUGGGGCUGAGGUGCGCUGUGUCACCGCACGGUUCCGCUGCUGGAACCCACCCCCGUAACCAUGGUGCUUCCGUCCUCUUAGUGUUUGCCCGUAGGUCCCUUCAAGCCAGACACUCCUUGGGGUGAUGUCUUUCUCAGGAAUAUGUUUCGGGAGAUGGUGAAUGUCUAUGACUUUGGCUGCGUGAAGGUUACAACGUCCGAGACUGCUGCGAAGGGAGCACAGCGGUGGGCACGCCCUCCAUGUCCCUGCACGGGGUUCACGGUGACGCUGCCCGCCAGCGUCCCCAGGGCCCAGGCUUCCAGCCGGGUCUGCAGUUGCCAGCCCCGCAGGGGUCACGUCGGAUUGGCUGCUUCGGCGCCUGCCCCCCCGCAGGUGAAGAAAGGUUAAUAUAUUUCCUCUCUACCCGUUUCUCUCUCCCUCAGCCUUGUCAGACCUUCUGAAAUUACUGUUUCUGUUUUAAGUUGAAUACUGAUUUUUUUUUUUACACUGACUUUGUACGAACCUGUUUUUGAAAGAAUACCAAAUAAAAUGCAGGGUCUCUGGACA